UCGAAUCUACUUCGGCUACGCUUGUGUUAGGGUUCGUCUUUGAUCCGCCUCUCCCCGCGCCCGAUAAAUCUCCCGCCGCGCCGAUCGCUCCGCCGCAAUCUGAGAUCGAGUGAGUGGAGCUUGCGGCGACCCGGCGAGAUGGCUCUCGUGCUGCAUGCGGGGAGUGGAAACAAGAAUGCCUUCAAGGCACUCAUUGCCGCGGAGUAUAGUGGUGUCAAAGUUGAGUUAGUGAAGAACUUUCAAAUGGGUGUCUCCAACAAGACUCCCGAGUUUAUCAAGAUGAACCCUAUUGGAAAGGUUCCUGUUCUAGAGACUCCUGAUGGUCCUGUCUUUGAGAGCAAUGCAAUUGCUCGAUAUGUUACUCGCUCGAAGGCUGACAACCCACUCUAUGGGUCUUCACUGAUUGAAUAUGCCCACAUUGAGCAGUGGAUUGACUUUUCUGCCACAGAGGUUGAUGCUAAUAUUGGAAAGUGGCUCUACCCACGUCUAGGAUUUGCUCCCUAUGUGCCUAUGGGUGAGGAAGCAGCUAUUGCUGCUUUGAAGAGAUCAUUGGGUGCCCUCAACACCCACCUUGCAUCAAACACAUACCUUGUCGGCAACUCAGUGACACUUGCCGAUAUUGUAAUGGCAUGCAACCUCUACCUGGGCUUUUCUCGGAUCAUGAUCAAGGACUUCACAUCUGAGUUUCCUCAUGUUGAGAGAUACUUCUGGACUAUGGUUAACCAGCCAAACUUGAAGAAAGUUAUUGGUGAUGUGAAGCAGGCACAGGUUGUCCCACCAGUUCAAAAGAAAGUGGCACCACCAAAAGAACAGAAGCCAAAGGAAGCCAAGAAAGAGGCCCCAAAAGAAGCUCCAAAGCCUAAGGCAGCUGAGAAAUCAGAGGAGGAUGAGGAAGCACCAAAGCCAAAGCCAAAGAAUGCUCUUGAUUUGCUUCCUCCAAGCAAGAUGAUCCUUGAUGAGUGGAAAAGGUUGUACUCAAACACAAAAACAAACUUCCGUGAGGUUGCUAUCAAGGGUUUCUGGGAUAUGUAUGACCCAGAGGGUUACUCCCUGUGGUUCUGUGACUACAAAUACAAUGAUGAGAACACCGUCUCCUUUGUGACCAUGAACAAGGUUGGUGGAUUCCUGCAGCGGAUGGACCUGUGCCGCAAAUAUGCUUUUGGGAAGAUGCUUGUGAUUGGCUCUGAGCCACCAUUCAAGGUGAAGGGGCUCUGGCUUUUCCGUGGCCCUGAGAUCCCCAAGUUCGUUAUGGAUGAAGUCUAUGACAUGGAGCUCUAUGAGUGGACCAAGGUUGACAUCUCAGAUGAGGCCCAGAAGGAGCGUGUCAGCGCCAUGAUUGAGGACCUGGAGCCAUUUGAGGGUGAGGCGUUGCUGGAUGCCAAAUGCUUCAAGUAGUUUUGAUCAUCAGAGCAAGGAUACCAAGGAGAAUGAGCUAUUUAGGUUUUGGGUUUACCGUUCUAAAUUAGUCUAUAUUGUGUACUAGUCGUUUCUUUGUGUGCUAUUUUUAAGAGUUUUGGCCCUUAUUAACUUGUAGUUAAGACUAAUUCACACCAUUUCUUGUCAAUCUGAUGCUCAUAUUCUCA